UCCGCUGCGAAAUCACCGCGCAUGCUCAGAUCAUUCUACAGCCCUGAGAGCUUGCUGUCAUGGCGGCCGCCACGCGUGUGCUCCAGAAAGGCAUCAGCCCGUCUAUAGUGGUGAUUUUAGGAGCUACGGGAACGGGCAAAUCCAAACUGGCUAUCGAGAUCGGGAAAAGGCUUAAUGGGGAAAUUAUAAGCGCCGAUUCCAUGCAGGUUUACAAAGGGCUGGACAUCAUCACCAAUAAGGUUACAGAGGAGGAGCAAGCCCAGUGUCGCCAUCACAUGAGCAGCUUUGUGGAUCCAUUGGUUAGUGGAUACACUGUGGUGGACUUCAGGAACAAGGCUCUGUCUCUCAUAGAGGAUAUGCAUCGUCGGAAAAAGCUGCCCAUCAUUGUUGGAGGCACAAACUACUACAUUGAGUCCAUUUUAUGGAAAGUGCUCAUCGACACUGGGGUAAAUGUGAAUUUUAAUGUUUUUCAGGACUAUCAGCAUGGCAUAUUCCAGUCUAUUGGCUUUAAAGAGUUUCACGAGUACCUGACAGCAAGUGAGAACAUCAGUCAGGAAGAACGUGAUAAACUGAAGGUUAAAGGGAUCGAGUCUCUCAAGCAGGUGACCCGCCGCUACGCCCGAAAACAGAACAAAUGGUUCCGCAACCGAUUCCUCAAGAGACCUGCUAGGAAUGUACCACCAGUUUACGGUUUGGAUGUGACGGGCGUGACCAAUUGGGAGACUACUGUACUUACUCCUGCUUUAGAGAUCCUGGACUGCCUCCAAAAGGGAGAGCAGCCGUCUGCACAGCCAAUCAGAGCAGAGGGGGUGGAGUCUCGCAACAAGAGGAGUCACCACAUGUGUGACCUGUGCGAUAAGGUGAUCAUUGGUGACUUGGAAUGGAUAGCACACCAGAAGUCCAAAAACCAUCUUUAUCAGGUCCGCAAGAGGAGAAAAGCCGAGCAAGCCUCAGAUCAGAACCCAAACCCUACCGAACAUCAAAAUUUGGUGUGGGUGUGGACGGGGCAGGUGGAUGUGACGACGGUUGGGGAAUAUAACCACACUUCAUUACAGCGCAGUGCCAAGAUUUCCCUCGAACAAUAGAAAAAGGAUACGCACAACAACUACAUUGUUACCAAGACUGGGAGUUAUGGGAGUGUACUGAUAAAGCAGGCUAAUCAAACGGAGUUAAAUGAGAUAGACGCACACUUCCAUCAACCCCUAAGGGCCCCUGUUGUAAAACACAACCGGUAACUGUCACAGGGUCCAUGCCCUCCAGAUAGAAAAUCUCACACUGUACUUCCCUCUCUUCCUUGUUUUUCUCUUGAUGUCAGGGGUGGAACGGCCUGGUUCAUGUUGGGCCGGUUUGUUCACCUGCCAACGGACUAGCUAAUCCUGAAUUUACCUGGAAAACACUCAAAAAUACAUAGCUCCCAGUCCAACAUGCAUCAUCUUCAGGAAGGGUGAUAUAGCUUUCUCAGUCUCGCUGUACAGAUGUGAGAUGAUGGACUGCUUGCAUCUGUACUAGGUCAGCACUGGACGUGUCAAGACAUGUCAGCUCUGUUUAUGACAGGAUAAUCAGUCACUGAUAAAAUAUUUAUUUUCAGAUGGAUGAGAAUCUUGAAUGUACAAAGGGCUGCAAUAAACAUUUAAUCCACCUAUGAAUAAUGCAGUGCCGAUGACUAGUGAGCUUUAGUUUGUUCGAUUGUAAUUACAUUAAGGGUGCGUUCAAGAACCAAGUGGUUAAUCAUUAGACAUAAUCAUUAUUAGUGUCAUUACUUAAUUAGGUUAAUGUGUCACAACAACACAAAUGUGAACAACUUGUUACUUGGUGCGUUUUCGGUAUAAAAUCAUUGUGCAGUUCUUUUCUUCUAUAUAUUUUUUUCUGAAUUUUUACAAAGGCCUGUGUAUGAAUCAUGUGUGUUCAUGUUGUCAUAGCUCUUUUCACAGCUUUCCAAUAAUAACUGCGCACAUGUCAUCUCUCAUCUCCUGUUGUUCUUUUGUCCCUGAUCACUAAUGCUUUCUCUGCACUAGUAUCAGCCAGACCUUCCUCAGACUCACUGGGGCUUCUGUAAAGACGUGGUAACGUUUAUGUACACAUGAAAUAUGUGGGUGUAAAUGUUUUAAUAAGAGCUGAAAUGAAGCUAUAAAAAUUUUAGGGCCCCUUGAUACUGUAGGGCUGUGAAUAUAGACAAGACGGCUCAAUUUUAGUACGUUGCUGCCCCCUUGUGGUUGGAUGUAAAACUUAAGUACACUGUUGCUGAGAUUUAGUGCUGCAUUAAAAAGUAAUGUUUUUGGUAAUAGCGUAACGGGUUAAAUAUUUGCUACUGCCAAAAUACCAACAGACUAGUGUUAGUCCAAGAGGAGAACAAUACCUUUACAUGAAGCUCUUUUUGUCUACUGAAAACCAGGUGCAGAGAAAACACUUCAAUCUUGCACAUUGCAGUUUUCCCUCAGAAAACUCAUAAUUUGCUGCUCAUACUAUAGUAAGGUAGUUGUUGUAGUGGUUAUGUGUAGGUAGGGGUAGCGAUAAGGCAUCUAAAAUAUGGUCAUGCAGAAUAACGCAUUAAUAUGUGCUUUAUAAGUAGGCUAUUAAUAAA